CAACACCAGAAUUUCAGAAGCAUCGUCUGCUGCAGCCGAAGAAAAGCGCAACACCAGCCAGCCUUAAAUUCGACAACCAGCAACACGACGAGAGGGCAUAAAGACGCCGAAACCGUCAGAUUUUAAUUGUCACAAAGCGCCAAGCAAACACAAUGCCGUCGACGCACAAAAAAGAAAAGCCAUGGGACACGGACGACAUCGACAAGUGGAAGGUCGACCCUUUCACCAAGGACGAGUCUUCGGGCCCAUUCCUUGAGGAAUCUUCCUUCAUGACCCUCUUCCCCAAGUACCGCGAGCGCUAUCUCAAGGAUUCUUGGCCCCUCGUCACCAAAGCCCUCGACAAGAACGGCAUCACCGCGACGCUGGAUCUCAUCGAGGGCUCCAUGACAGUCAAGACAACCAGAAAGACAUUCGAUCCCGCGGCGAUUUUGAAUGCGCGAGACCUCAUCAAGCUCCUGGCGCGGUCCGUACCAGCGCCCCAAGCCAUCAAGAUUCUCGAGGACGGGAUGGCGUGCGACAUUCUCAAGAUCCGGAGCAUGGUGCGGAACAAGGAUCGGUUCGUGAAGAGGCGGCAGCGGAUAUUGGGGCAGAACGGAACAACACUGAAAGCGCUCGAGUUGCUCACGGAGACCUACAUCCUGGUUCACGGCAACACGGUUUCGGUAAUGGGGCCGUUUAAGGGGCUAAAGGAGGUCAGAAGGGUGGUCGAGGACACGAUGCAAAACGUCCACCCAAUCUACCUAAUCAAGGAGCUGAUGAUCAAACGCGAACUGGCCAAGGACCCGGGGCUGGCGCACGAAGACUGGAGCCGGUACCUUCCCAACUUCAAGAAGCGCACGCUGUCCAAGCGGCGGACGCCGUUCAAGGUCACGGACAAGGCCAAGAAGACGUACACGCCGUUCCCGCCGGCGCCCGAGAAGAGCAAGGUGGACCAGCAGAUCGAGACGGGCGAGUAUUUCUUGGGCAAGGAGGCCAAGCACCGGGCGGCCGAGGCGGAGCGGGCCGAGAAGGCCAAGCAAAAGAAGGAGGAGAAGAAGCGGGAGCGCGAGCGCGAGUACGUGCCGCCCGAGGAAGGCGCAGGCAAACCGAAGAAGAGGAAGACAACACACGACUGAAGGGAGCAUGGUGGUGGUUAUGGUAGCGGUGGUGGUGGUGGCAGUGGAAGCUUCGGAGAGGAACGGUCUGUCAAGUUCGAUCUUCGAAUCCCAUGAUACCCAUGCAGGAAAAUAUUUGACCCGGUGCAGAUGGUUUGUCGUGGCCGGUGGACGGCGAUACCAGCACCGGACAGGACGGGAAGCUAGACCGCCCCGUAUAGACGCAGUGGUUGGAUUAUUAAUAAAGAUCUACCCGCUCGGCGGAUGGGCCGAGGCAAGCGCGUCAUUGGGAUCCGCUAGUGCGGGGAGGUGGGGGCAGUCCGUCUCCGGCGGAACGUCGCUGACGACAAACCGGCAUUGCGGAGAUAUAGAAGAGU